AUGUUGACCGAGGAAGCUCUUGAGGGCGCCCUUGAACGACGUGAUGCAGCUAUCCGAAAGGAGUUCAAGAAUGUUGAUGAGCGGUUUGAUCGCUUUGAACGACGAAUUGAGCAGCGAUUUGAGAAGAUCGAUCAGCGAUUUGAGAAAGUCGACGAGCGACUUGGCCAGUUCUACACAUUGUUAAUUGCUCAAUCUACGAACCCACGAGCAGCAUUCAGUCGAGACAAAAUACUCCCGAUAGGCAUUACGAGCCCUGCGUCACCCUCACAGCUCCUGUUUCCAUCCGUUGAACAAUUCCCUAAUACCGUUAUUCAGUUUUGGAAUUUACACAACCCUAAGCGAGUCAAUAGACUCGUUUAUCUAUGUAACUUCUACAACAUCAGAAGCGAUGAGAUUGUCGGUGAUUAUUCCCCUGGGACUAUGCUGCAAGAUUCGUCCGAUAGCGAUCAAGAGGGCGAGGCUAGUUCUACAUCUAAAUCUCAAGACGAUCUGUCUAUUCUUCGCACUGCAGCUAUUGAUCAUCCCUUUAAGGCCUUGUCUUGUUUAGCUAGCCGACUUUUCCUAAACUUCGAAACAAUCUCAUAUAACAUGGGAACGAUUAGUCAGAUACGAGACAAAAGAGCUGAGCGAGAAGCGAAAGGCAUAAAGCGAGAAGCAUUAAGUGAAGAAAACUCCAGCAAGAACGAUCAACGCCGAGAGCGUCAUAAGAGAUUGGUGACGGACAACACGAUAAACGAAGAGAGCAGGCGCAGCGAGACACUUCCCGACGCAGGCCGUCGAGAGGUCACUCUACCGCUCGUCGUUGGAGGGAGACCGUGGACCGACGUUCCGGACGAUGAGCCUCAAGAUCCCAGCACUCCGUCGAGGAAGAGCUUUGUUAAGUGGGCAUCGCAUUCCGAUUCAAUUGAAGAGCGACGAUUUAUUAAAGAUGACCCACUUUAUCAGUCGACGCCAGCUGCGAUAACCACAGAAGCAGACUCAGAGUUAAAAAGAGACAAACCAAUAAAGGGCAGUGCCAAAGAAAUAAAAUCUCCGUCGCAGUCAUCCAAAGGAUCGACUGUACCUUUCUCACAGACGCCAGCAGUAAUUAAAGAGGCUGCAGAGAGGAGAAAACGGAAAGAGGGAUCAGGUAGACUGAAGUGA